UCGCCAACAUGUUACUAAUAUUGAUCUUUAAUUUUUAAAUAAAACAGUUGAUGGAACACCCUAAUACUGAAGUUUCUUGGCUCUUCACCUAACCAUGCGAUACUCCUUGUUCAUCGCUUUCUUAUUUGUUUUCCUCGCAGGGUCUGCUGAUGGACUUUUGGGUUGGUUCUUCCCAAAAGUCUGUGGACGUAAGAAGGGGAAUAUCUACAGGCCAAAUAUGAUUGGAUGUUUCAAGGAUUCUAGCAGGAGGGUCCUUGAGGGAGGCAGAACGUGGAAUAAUCACAUGACAGUCAACCAAUGUCGGAGAAGAUGUGAAAAAGAAAACUCAAGAUUCUAUGGUCUGGAGGCUGGGAAUGAAUGCUUUUGUGGGAAUUGUAUAAGAUCAAAAGUCAAGAAACCGAUCCGUGAGUGCAGAGUAAAAUGCAAGGGCAGCAGAGCGGCCUGUGGAGGACCAUGGCGGAUUUUGAUUUAUAGAAAUAGGAGAUACCGCAAAACACCUUUUAUCCCCAAAAAAGGUUUGUUGGGUUGUUACGUUGAUAGACGUUAUAGGACACUUGGUGGCGCUUUUAGGAGAAGUAACCAUAUGACCAUCAUCAAAUGUGUAGAUUUCUGUAAAAAGAGAAAGUAUAGAUUUGCUGGAGUAGAGUCGGCGACAGAAUGUUAUUGUGGAAAUGCUCUUCGCUAUAAGAAGAAAAGAGCAAAUUCGCAAUGCAACAUGCCUUGCCAUGGUUAUAAAAAGCAGGCCUGUGGUGGGAGAUGGAGAAUUGCUAUUUAUAAAACUGGCAUUAAAAAUGGAAACAGAUGCGGAAUACACAGAAAGUGCCAUAGAAAUGGUAGAUGUGUAAAUGGAGAUUGUCGUUGCAAAAAGGGAUACACCGGUGAUGGCGUGAGGCUGUGUUAUAAGACAUGUACAUGCACAGCAUCAGGUGACCCUCAUUAUAGAACAUAUGAUGGAUCUAUGAUUCAUUUUAUGGGGGUCUGUAAAUACACUUUAACCAAAGUGAAAAACAGUCGAUCCAAUAUCUUUAACGUUGAGGUGAAGAAUGAAUACCAUGGUCGAAAUAAACGAGUGUCAUAUACCAGACUCGUCGACGUCAAGUUGGGGAAAACAACAAUACGUCUCCACAAAAGACAUCACGUAUAUAUAAAUGGUUUAAGAACAUACUUACCCUACACAAAAGCAGGGAAAUUCAGAAUAUUUAGAAGUGGGUGCAAGGUUAAAGUCAUAGCCGAAACCAAAGAGGGACCCGCCACAGUUACCUGGGACGGCCAUAGUUCGGUCUCAGUCACCAUUCCCAGACCUCUUGGAAAGCGUAUGACUGGUCUGUGUGGGAACUGUAAUGGAAGACGAGACGACUAUCGAACGAAAUACGGCGUAGACAUGUCUAAAAAUCCUAACAGAUACUCCUUAAUAGGCAAUAGUUUCACUGUUAAAGAUGACACUGAUCAGAUCCACAAACACUGCAAGGCAUAUGAAGUAGAAAAUAAAUGCACUCCUUUGUUACGGAAGAAAGCGUUGGACAGAAAGGCUUGUGGAUAUCUCAACCCAGCUAAAAAGGAGGAAAGCCCGUUUAAAGACUGUAUGUUAGAGAGCCCGUCUACAAGUAAAAAAAUGUUUGACAACUGUUUAUUUGAUUUCUGCUAUUACUAUGACGACCCAGCUCAAAGGAAGACGAGUGUAUGCCAGAGCGUCAGUGGUUUCGCUGAUUUUUGCGGAAGCAUGGGAAUAACAGCAAAAUGGCGAGAUGAAUCAUUUUGUCCCCUACCUUGUGGUGAAAACAUGGUGUAUGAUGCUGAAAUGAGCGGCUGCCCGGCCUCUUGUGUAGAUCCAAACUCGGAGAAGCAGUGUGACCAACCACCAACCGAAGGAUGUCGAUGUAAAGAUGGGUUUGUUCUGAGUGAUAACAAAUGUGUCAAGAAAGAAAAAUGUGGAUGCAAAGGAGCGGAUUCAAAAUACUAUCCAUUGGGAACCACUUUAACCUCGUCAGACUGCACAAUAGUGCAGCAAUGUAAAUUGGAAGGAGGGAAAAUAGAAUUUAAAACAAUUCUACAGCGGCCUGCGUGUGGAGAAAACCAAGUAUGCUUAGUAUCAAAUGGCUGUCCAAGUUGUGUAUGCAAACCAGGAUACAUUCAAAAUGGCAAAAGCGGAUGUAUAAAGGAAAACCCCGAUUGCAAGGAUCAGAAAGCAGAUAUAUCCUGUUCGUCUGCCAACGGAAAAAAGAAAGUGUGUACUGUGCCAAAGGCAAGAACUGUAGUUCAUGUGAGGUCCACCUCAAAAGACUGCAAAUAUGGGUUAACGUACGGCCUGUCAGCGGACGGAAUCUGGGUAUCUCUUGGGUGUGGCGGAACCUUUUCUGUCUGCUAUAUACCAGUUCCAGAGGAUCCACCCGCAGAAUGUGUUACCCAUGACGAUCCACGGGGUCAAAAGUACCGAGGUACAAUGGCAACCACAGAAUCAGGUUAUACAUGUCAAAAGUGGUCUUCCCAGAGUCCACACCAGCACACGUUACUUAAAACUGAAACCCACAACUACUGCCGAAAUCCUGACAAUGAACCUGGUGUGUGGUGUUACACGACCAAUCCGAAGAAAAGAUGGGAUUUUUGCUCUGUACCUGUUUGCCCUGGUCCGCAGACCCCAGGUACACCUUCCAUUGAGUGUCUUGGUGCAGAUGACCCGAAGGGUCUGAAAUAUAAUGGUUUGGUUAAUAAAACGAAAUCCGGCAAAAAAUGUCAGGCUUGGGGUAAACAAAGACCCCACAGUCAUUCUUUCCAAAGAUUAGCCGAUCAAGGAAAUUUCUGCAGGAAUCCUGACAGCGAGGCUGCUCCGUGGUGCUACACUACAUCGAGUGGUACCAGGUGGGAAUUAUGUGACAUUCCGGAUUGUGGCCAAUGUGAAAUCAAACAGGAAAGAAGUCGUAAUUGCAAAAUUAUCUACAAGGUGUCUGGGAAAUGUUUCUUUGAGUCCAGCGCUAUCAGUAAUUGCAAAUUCAAAGCAAAUCUAGGCGCUUACAGAAAUGGCGUCACAGAAGCGUCCGUUGUAAUAGCAGACAAGGUCCAUAUUCUAAAGGAAGGAGGUAGCUUACGUACGUGCGCUGAGUUUGAGAUGAAAAACGACGUUCUGACAAUAGUCGAAGACACAUGUAAGCAGUCGUGUCGUCCUCCAAUUCCCCCGACGAAAUAAACACAAAACUGACAAAAUGUCUUCAUAUUACGUACAAUUGUACUAAGGAAAUAAAAGGAUAUGGCAUAUAU